UGUAUAAAUGGUUUGCCCGAUUUGAUCGAUUUGCCGGCAUUUUGUUGCAAGUGUCAGUAAUUUAAAGAAACUCGUUUAGCCAGUCUAUCAUCAGCACUUAACCGAAGUAAAUUCUAUUUCUACGAAAAUGUCGAAGCCUAGAGUAUUUAUGGAUAUUACUGCCAAUGGAAGAGCACUCGGCCGUAUAAUUAUUGAGCUUCGAGCUGAUGUUGUUCCAAAAACAGCUGAAAAUUUCCGUGCUUUGUGCACUGGAGAAAAGGGAUUCGGGUACAAGAAUAGUACAUUCCAUCGCGUCAUCACCGAUUUCAUGUGUCAAGGAGGCGAUUUCACGAGAGGAGAUGGUACAGGUGGCAAAUCGAUCUACGGAAACGAAUUCGAAGAUGAAAAUUUCGUGUUGAAGCAUACCGGACCAGGAGUUUUGUCCAUGGCUAACGCCGGUCCCGGAACAAACGGAAGUCAAUUUUUCCUCACCACUGUUAAGACGUCUUGGCUCGAUGGCAAGCAUGUAGUAUUUGGCACAGUGGUCGAAGGAAUGGAUGUUGUUAAGAAGGUUGAAUCGUAUGGCAGCGAAGAUGGUGAUACCUCGGCGAAGAUCGUUAUUGCAAAUUGUGGACAGAUUUAAGGAAUUAGAAAGUAGAUUUUACUGCACGCAUCUCGUGUAGAUUUCGGAAUUCCGUGAAAUAAAAGUUUCUUUUUCAUAAAAAAAAA